ACUAGAGAGAGCAGUGCCUCUGUGCCGUAACAAGGCGGCAGUACGCACGAGACUUCCAGACAGACUGCGUAUGUGUGAGAGUGUGUCAAGCGAGUCGGCAGAGGGGGAGGCGUGGUGUGUGUGCGCCUGUUAGUGCACUCAUAAAAAUGGCGUCUUCUUGGCUAUAUACCUGAAAAUAGCAUUUUUAAAUCCCGGGCGUUGUAGCGUUUAUGUGAGGCAUUGAAGCAGUACACUAGCCCCUUGCAUAAUUCAUAUAAACUUUAAGGAUUUAAAUGAACCUAGGCACAACAAGCCACUUUGUUUCGGACGAGGGGGUACAAUCUCGUGUAUUUAUCCAUAAUGUAAAUAUUUGGGGCGCAACAGCUGGGAAAAAUAAGCGCGCUCGGUUGACUACUAUUUAUAGAGACCUAGUAUCUCACCUUUUUAUGGCAAUGCAGUACGCGAGAGGAAACGGGGUGCAAUCAAGCACGUGUCGUACGUCUCGGGUGUAACAAGCAAUGGCAUCAGCCGCGUUACUGUUUCUGCUGUGAAGGACAAUAGGCAUCGAGAUAUAUAAGAGGGCAAAAGAGGGGAGGGGAGGAAGAAACCGGAUUUUUGUGGUGGCGGUGGUUGGUGUAAUACUUCACCCCCCUCCCGCCUCCCCUCUGUAUCCUCCAUCUCCCCCUCCUCCUUCUCCUCCCUCCAUUCCUCUCCCCCUCUGUGCUGGUCCUAUUCUUGAGGACUUGCUUGUGAAACAGGAGAGAUAAACAUUCACUGAACGCAGAGGAAAGGACACGGGGAGAGAUAGUGUGUUAGAAUUUAGGAAAUACCUCCCUCCCCUUCCCCCUGUCUAUCUCUCCAUCUACAUCCGUUGUCUCUUCUUUAAUGGAUAGAAAUUAUCCUGGCACAGGAUUCGGAGAUCUGGGCGCUGGAACGGGAUGGAGUUACGAGAGAUCGGCGAAGGCAAGUUUGGUUUAUGGGAGCUCCAGAUCCUCCCAUCCAGACUCAGAACUCCUCCACCGUCAACCUUAUGCCACACCACACCCCUUGCAAGGAUAUGCAACAAACCAUCAUCCAGGCACCUCUGGACAAGGUGGAGCAUGGGGCACAGGAAGGAGCUUAGGGCUCUCAGGCUUGUUUGAUACUGGACUACAUCAUGCCAGUCCCUCAGGACCAGAUGCUUCAGUUAUGAACUUGAUCUCUGCUUUGGAAUCCCGAGGUGCUCAGCCACCCCCCUCUGCCUCUUCCCUUCUCUCCCAAUUUCGUACCCCCUCAUGGCAAACUGCAAUGCAUACUCCAGCCCCUGCAGAGCUAUUCAUUUCUGGUGCACUACCUGGCUCUGGCUCAUUUCCCUCUUCCUCUGCUCUGUCGGCAUAUCAGCACCCUGCAUCCUUCUCAGGGCGCUCCUUCCCUGGAGUGACCCCAUCAUUAUCUCUGCAGGACACGCCUACCUUCAGUCCUACUUCCAAUGGUCUCCUGUCACCACAUGAUCCUUUGCUACACAUUAAAACACCCUCCCAGUCAAGUCUUGGCUUUGACCGUCUUCUGUCUUCACAGAGUGGGACUGCUUCAUAUAGAGGGCCACAAGAGCCCACUAGUGCUCCUCCACCACAAGCACCUGCAUCCUCCUCAACACGCCAUUUACCACCUCAGUUUAACCUGCUGUCCUCACAGCUGCAGGAUCAGUCCUCUCAGCUCUACAGUUCCUCUGUUUUUUCUUCUGCACCCCCUCAACCGCCACAGUCCCAGGAAAGAGCCAUCCCCAGGCAAGACAGUGUGAUCAAGCACUACCAGAGACCUUCUCCUGGACAGUCUCAACUAUCCUCUUCCACACCUCAUCCCCUACAGCACUAUCUUAGUUGUGGUGCAUCAGGGUACCAGCAAAUACCCCAUCAUCGGCAUGGCUCCUCUAUAAACUGUAGCCCACUGGGUGAGCAGAGUCCAUCAUCUGACCCCAAACCCUCCCCCCGAUCAGAGCAGGUGUAUCGUCCUAUUAUCCAGCCCCCAUACACUUCCUCCUCAGUCUCCUCCUCAGCUGGUUCAGGUGGUGGUAUUGGGAAAGCAGGAAAGAGUUCCAGUUCAAGUAGUGGCUACUCUUCCUCUGGCUCUUCCUCAUCUCGAACCCCUCACACUCCUCCUUCAGCUUCUUCCACCUCCUCUUCUUCCUCCUCUGCCUCUAAUCCUAAUGUCUCAUCCAGUACCUCCUCUGCACCCUCAAGGCAGCAACCACCACCCCAAUCAGCACCACAACCCCCACCACCUCCACCUCCAACGGUGUCAUCCUCUUCUACGCAGCAGCAGCCAUCCAAAUCUUGCCUGUCUACAUAUGGCUCUCCAGUUGCUCCUGUCAAGCCAACUGCUGGCCUUCCUGGUCAAACCCCACCACAGCAACAGUCAUAUUCACCAAGCCAGCCACCCACCUCUCACUUGCCCCAGCCAUAUGGGGGAUUCAGUUCUCCGCAGGCUCAGGAUCUUGGUUCCAGCCUUGGGGGGGCAGGAAAAGCUUAUGGAAGUCUUGGAACUACAGGACGUUCAUUUUCAGCUGAGGUGGUCUAUGGCUCUGAUUCAGGAUAUGGUUCUUUGCCACCAUCUCUUGGAGGGGCAGGGAGUCCCUCACUGGGCUAUGGUGGUACAGGACAUUCACCUGCCCUAAUGGUGUCUGGAGGUGGUACCGGUACAACAAGCAGUACAACCGGAUCUGGAGCAGGUAGUUCAGGAAGUGUGGGGGGUGGUUCAGGUGGUGGUAGUGCUAGUGUAGCAAGUGGUGGAGGAUCAUACCACCUCCCAGAUUCCAGCCCGUCACCCUCAAGUAAUUCUGGAAUAAUCCGCCCAGGUCUGCACUCCCCUGCCCCAACUCGCCCUGCACAAUCACCUGGAGGAAAUGGGGGCAACAAGUACCUAUCCUCAGUUCUUUCCCCAGCAUUUCUAGCUUCUCCACAAGGAUACUCAGACACAAGGGUGCCACCCCAGCAAACACAGUCUUAUCACACAACACCGCCAAAAUCUAAGUCUGAUUCUGAUAUGCUUGGGGUAGAAAGAUCUCAAGAAGAGGAAGAAGAAGAUGAGGAUGACUUUUUGAUUGAGCACUUACUGCACUCACAGAGUCCAGCACCAAAUCCCUCCCAGCAUCAUUCUCAACAAUCUCAGCAAGUAGCCUCACAACAACCGCAGUCCCAGUCCAUUUCCCAGAGUAGAGAUGGAGGAAAGUCCCUCUCUGCUUAUGAACUAAACAAGGCAUCUGAAGAACGUUAUCAUCUACAUAGUGUCAUUCGAACUAAUAAUACCACCAACAAUGUGGCUUCAGUUGCUGCUGGCUCUUGUGGUCCAGGCACAGGUUUAGAGAACCAGUUGGAGAUGUCUCUGAAAAAACAGCAACAGACUAAGUCUGAUAGAGUGCUUGCUGGAGCUGGUGCAAAUGGUGGCCGAAGUGCAGUUGAUUCUUUGUCACAUACUCAUUCUCAUGGUCAACAUGACUCCCUUGGAUCAGUGGUCCACUAUGGCAGAGGAGACCCUUAUAGUCAUCCAACACAUCAACAUCACACUCCUCACCCAUCACACCCUCAGCAUUCACAGCACCCUCAUCCCCAUUCAAUGUCCCACUCACAUAUAGAUCUUAAGAAAGCUCAGGAUCCUUCAGAAUUAACCUACCUAAGAAAGACUCCAGACUUGCAGCAGCGACAGACCCAGUCCUCCCUUGGACUAAUGGAUUCUCCACCCGACCCAUCUCAGCAAACCUCCCAGGCUCACCUUCUCCAGUCUGUCCUUUCACAUACCACUCGAAACAAGAUGGACAACCAGACUCCUUCACAACAACAACAACACUCAAUGACUCAACAAGCCAUGAUUAGACCAACUGGGGGAUUAGGUACUAAUGGCUCUGGAAGAGUAGACUCUCAGCCACAGGCCUCUCAACUUCAACUCCAGCUCCAGUCCCAAACUAUGGAGGUCCACUAUGGACGUGAGGCUCAGCGAAACCAAAGCCAGUCAAGUCAAAAUUCUGUUUCACCACUAGACAUGCUAGAGAGAUCUCUCUCCAGAACAAAUAGUCGGGAAGGGCCAGGCCCCUCUGAUAGAGUUGGUGCAGGAGAUGGGAGCAGCACUGAUCAUCAUAGACAACAGCAACAACAUAGGAUGUCCUCACACCAUCAGUCCCACCACCCUCAACAACCAGCAGCAGAGCUUCAUGAUUUCUUGUCUGAGUCAGAUUUGAGUAUGUCAACCCCCUCUCAUUUGCACCAUAUGGCCUCACACCAUCCACCCCCUCAUGCCCACCAUCAGCCGCAGGCACACUCUCACCAUCAGCAUCCUCACCAGCACCCUCACCACAUGCAACCAGCUUCUGGACCUCCACAGCCCCAAUCCCAGCCCAGGGAACAAGAGCCACAGCUCUCACAGCCACAGCUGGAUCAGCUCAAAGAGCAUCAAUAUGACACUGGUAGCCCUGUGGGAAAAACAGCUCAGAACCAAGGUCAGAGCCAAGACCAGCAACAACGGUUUAUGCCACUGACAUCUAUUUGUUUCCCAGAUUCACUUCUCCAAGAUGAGGAUCGUUCCUUCUUUCCAGGUAUGGAGGAUAUGUUCUGCUCUGAGGACUACAAGGCAAGUUGUGCUGGAGGUGGUGGAAGUGCAGGACAAGGGGGUCAGGAUGGUGUGCCAGAGGCACGUGGAACAGUACAAGAUGGAAUGGAUGCCGUUAAAGCUACAAGUGGUGGAGGAGGUGCAUAUGACAUGAUGAGUCACCAUGGUGAUCAGGGUUAUGGGCAGUAUUGUCACAGUUUGUCUGAAUCUGGCAAUGGUACUAUGCACUUAGAUCUGGACCCCUUGAAAUCCCAUGAACUCCCAUCCACUGUAAACACAGAACAACUAGGCUUGAUUCAGUCUCAGGGCCCAGGCCUUGGGAUGGGCAACACAGGACAUGUAGUGGACGGAACUGGAAACAAAAUGAUGGGCUCUGCGGGUGUAGGUAGUGGUCCUGGCACAGGGGGACUCACCUCACCAAUCUUUUGUUCCUCUAGACCUAAAAAACUUUUGAAAACAAGCUCUUUUCACCUCCUUAAACAGCGGAAAGAGCCUAAUGCCCAAUCACAGGCUAAGAAGAACUAUGCUCAAGAAUAUGAAUUUGAGGAUGAUGAGGAUAAAGCAGAUGUUCCAGCUGACAUUCGCUUAAACAGCAGACGUCUGCCAGACUUGCUUCCUGACCUUGUUUCUAGUUGCAGAAAGUCUGGAAGUGGUUCAGGAGUUGGCAGUUUAAGCCCUUUGAUGGGUGAUUUAGAUUUCUGCCACCCCUCAGGGUACCCAUCCCUUGGACCUCCUCCACAGCUGCUCCCACAAGAUGGCCCAAAGAAAAGGGGGAGGAAACCCACCAAACCUAAACGUGAGGGUCCACCAAGACCCAGGGGUAGGCCACGUAUUCGGCCUCUUCCUGAGCCUCCGUAUUGCAGGAACAUGAUUGGACCUGGUGGAGAGAGUAGAAGGGGGCGUGGGCGAGGAAGAGGACGUGGAAGGAAAGAUGAUCAAAUGCUAGAAAUGCACAGAGACAUGAACAAGGGGCAGAACUACCAACAACAAGCACCUCACCUCCAUCAUCAACCACAGUUACAACAGCACAUGCACCACCAUCUACAGCAGCAACAGCAGCACCAACCACAACAUAUGCAUCAACAGCAACACCUACAUGUACAACAACUUCAUCAAAAUAUUGAUAAAUAUUUCUUUAAAUAAGUUUGAUAGAGUUGUUAUAAGCAACAGUACCAGGAACCCAUCAAACCAAUCAAAAUUAAGCUCCCUAUUCCUUCCAUACCGUCGUCUGACUCCCUACUGAGGACAGACUCCCUGUCUAGUACAGAUCCAGUUUUGUCUGAUGGUUCAGUAGGUUCUGCACCAUCACUUGGUUUGAGCCCAGGGCCCACUACCAGUGUGGACAUGAACAGAAUUGACAUGAAUAGAAAUGAUAUGAGCUGUGGUCAGGAAAAGAUGAAGCAGAAACCCCAAGAGAUGUCCUGGGAGAGAGACAUAGAUGACCAAAUGACCCCAGAGGCCUGGGCCACCAUGCAGAAGCUUUCUAGCUCAACGGAGGAAAAAUCUUCCGAGCUGAAGUCGGGGUUUAUAUCUUCCUUUCUGGAUUUUUUGAAAACGGGAAAGAAGCAGCCUGGCACUGAUGAUCCACCUGUGGACGGAUGCACUUUCACAGAUUCCUCUUCAGUAAAGGGAGGCAUUCGCCCAUUAUCUCCACAACCACCACCUCCUCCACCUCCCCACUUCGGAGACAGUGAGGGUGAUGGAAGCCUGGGCCUCAGUAACUGUCCGUCCCCCUGUAAAAGACUUGACGAGGAGUUCAAGAGGAACCUAGAGACCCUGCCGUCAUUCUCCUCAGAUGAGGAAGACUCUGUCAGUAAGAACCAGGACCUGCAGAAGAGCAUCUCAUCAGCCAUUUCUGCCCUCUAUGACACACCCCACAGUCUCUCUGCUGUUCCACCUCCUCCUACACCAUCGCCUCCCACUCCGCAGACGGUGUCUCUUAACACACCCCCGCCACCCCCACAACCUGAGUCUGUGCCGCAUGUACACCCUGAAGCUGAGACAGAAAUAAACACGUCACAGGAACUGGAUUCGCUCUCACAGCCCAACCUUCAUGAGGAGGUACAUGUUCCAGGCAAGGAUGAGGAACAGGAAGAACCUGUGCAGGAGGUACAUGAACAAAUAAAACAAAAAGCAGACAGACAGACUGAAUGUGAGGAGGAAGGAGAGGAGUUGGAAGAAGACAUAAGAGAGAAGGAGGAAGUUGAUCAGACAAGGACAGAGGAGCACAAUCAGGAAGAAGAAGAAGAGCCUGAGUAUGAAAUGCUGGGUGCUCCCAAGGUUGAUGGACCUCCAUCUGAGCCUCCGCCCGCACCCCCUUCUCCCCCAUCUCUUUCUCCUUCUCCCCCGACCUCCUCCUCCCCAUCCCCUCUGCCUCCUCCUCCUCUGUCUCUCCCCUCCCCUCUCCCAUCUCAAGAAGAGGAGGAGAAUCUACAGCAGCAGCAGCAACAGCCACCACUGCAUAAUUCCCUCCCUCCCAGUCCUUCUCCACCUGCUCUCCCCUCUCCCUCCCCGCCUCCGCCAACAUUGCCCCCCUCUGCUACACCCCCACCAUCCCCCUCCCCACCUCCUCCUGAAGAGCUUCCCCAGCCCUCUCCGGGCUCACCCCCCACCCCCGAAGAUGCCCCGACGCCUCAGAUCACUUCACUGCACCUGGCUAAGAAACAGUCCAAUGCGGCCAUCGCAGGAGAGAGUGAGGAUGAUGACAGUGAGAGUGGGGGGGAGGGGAUCUUCAGAGAGAGGGAUGAAUUUGUGGUGCGCACUGAAGAUAUUGGUACUCUUAAGCUGGCGCUGCAGACAGGACGAGAGCCUCCUCCAAUCUGGAGGGUCCAGAAAGCUCUGCUGCAGAAGUUUGCUCCUGAAAUCAAAGAUGGACAGCGACAGUUUUGUGCUACCAGUAAUUAUUUGGGCUACUUUGGAGAUGCAAAGAUGCGUUAUCAGCGUUUAUAUGUCAAAUUCUUGGAGAAUGUGAAUAAAAAGGAUUAUGUCAGAGUGUGCUCGCGGAAACCCUGGCAUCGGCCCAGUCUCACACUGAGACGCCAGACUCUUCCUAAGCCACUACCUGUACGCAGCCUGACUCCACCUCGCAUGGAACGAGAGGACAGAGAGAAAGAGAGAGAGAGACAACGGGAGAAAGAGCAACGGGAACAAAGGGAAAAAGAAAGGGAGAAAGAGAGAGAAAAGGAAAAGGAAAGGGAGCGAGAACGAGAGAGGGAACAGAUCGAGAAAUCUAGGAGAGAAAAGGAGAAAGAGAAGUUAAGGGAGAGAGAACUUGAAAAGCAAAAAGAGAGGGAGAAACAAAAAGAAAGGGAAAGAGAAAAACAACGAGAGAGAGAAAGGGAAAAGGAAAAACAAAGAGAAAAGGAGAGAGAGAGGGAAAGAGAGAGGCAAAGAGAAAGGGAGAAAGAGAAGGAAAGGGAAAAACAACGAGAAGGAGAGGAGGAGAGAGAGAGAGAGAGGGAAGGGAAGGUACUCCAAGAGCGACAAACUCAAGAGAAGCUGGAGAGGAGAGCAGCAGUUGUGGAGCGCGGGAGGGUCAAAGAGGAGAAGAGAGUUGGAGAGAAGAUUGACAGGACGAGGAGCAGGCCUGUGAAAGUAAAGGCAGAACCUCCACCUAAAAAGAGGAAGAAGUGGCUUAAAGAAGUGCCCUCUUCCUCUGACUCAGACUCCUCCCCUGAUCCGCCCAGUGAGGAUGAAGUAUCCACACGCAGUGGAAUAAACAAUCGGGCGAUGAGAGAGAUGUUCCGCAGUUAUGUAGAGAUGCUGGUCAGCACUGCUCUGGACCCAGACAUGAUCCAAGCUCUUGAGGACACCAACGAUGAGCUUUAUCUCCCACCCAUGAGAAAGAUUGACAGUAUCCUCAACGAACAGAAACGAAGGCUGUUGAGAAGGAUCAACAUGAGUGUCCAGCAUCAGGAGGCACUGCACAUGUUCCCUCAAAUGACAGCAGACCCCCUAGACUCUGGAGCGGUUAAAGUGCACCUGGGUGGAGAGAGUUACAACCGCAAAACCCUCAACAGAGUCAAAAGGAGCCUUCCCAAACAGCAGGACCUGAAGCUGUCGACAGAGACUUGUCGAAUAUACAGUCUCUAUCACUCUCUCCAUCACUACAAAUAUCACACCUUUUUGCACUGUAAAAAGGAGACGAACAGCAUAGAACAGGCAGCGGAGGAGGAUCCAGGUCAGGAGGAGGUGGUUCAGCAGUGCAUGGCCAACCAGGGCUGGCUAGAGACUCUGUUCAAUUCCUUCAUUGAACUGCUGACGCUCAGCACCAAGGCUUAAGAUUCAGCUGUCGACGUUCCAAGCACGUCCUCUUCGGAGAAAGGAGAAACUCCCCUCUCUCAAACAAAACCGGUGCACCUCCAGGUUGCAGGAAAAAUUAGAUUUUCCUUUGCAGAAUGUGUAAGAGCCACUGGUGGUUUAAGCUGUUGCAUUUUAACAUAAAAAUUGUUUUGUAAAGCUUUCAUUCCUUUCUCUUUCAUUAUGUGUCAGCUCCCUGCGACGGGAGCCACAGGGAGACGGUAUGAAAGAAAAAAAAAAAAGAGCGAAAAUGUGUAAAGACAAUUGUCUGCACAGAGACAAAUAAAGAUGGUGCCAAAGGGAACAGGGUUGAAAACCUCACUGGUCAGCGGUGUUUUGGCAGAGGUGAGCUUUGAAUGCUAUGUUCCAUGCACACUCUUAUAUAUAAAUAUGUAUUAUGAACAAUUAUGAUUUGUAUUAUUUAUACAUGGACAUUUAUACAUGGUUACCUCCCAAAGCUGGGGCAGUUUGCUGUUAUUAUUUUGAAUAAUAAUGCUCAUGUUUUAUGAGGGUGUACAUGAAAUGGGCCACCCGUAACCCCCUAUUUUUCGUGUCCUCUAAGCUAAAGGACAAGGCGGACAGGACGCAGACAAAAAAGAGCCGGGGUCAAAGCAGUGUGUGGUUCCUUUUUUGUCAAAAAAUAAUAAAAUAGAGCAAAAGAAAAAUGUAUUUAAAACAACAACAACAACAAAAAAAAAAACUUUCUGUUUGUUCUUUAAAAGAAAAUGUGGAAAAAGAGUUGUAUUUGUUUGUUUUCUCAAAGAAGACAUGACAGUGCAGAGGGAUGUAAUAGUUUUAAAGUGUGCAAAAUGUCUGUGUUUACUGUUUUUUUUAUGUUGGUUGUUUACUAUGAUAAUUAUUAUUGUAAUUAUUAUUUUGGAGGUUUGCUUAUUUCUCUCCUCUGUAAAUAUUGUACAGUCGCUUCGGUCUCUCUCUGUCCCUCAUCUGUACAUGAAUCCUCCUGUAUUUGACAAACGCAAAUAAAAGAAAAGAAAAUGAGUUUAUGAAAA